AAAGGACGCGCUGGUUGUCCACGAUCACGAGCGGCCCAAUGGCGGUAGACUACAACAAUGGCUCGCUGUCGCUUUCAGACGAGAAGUGACCGAAGGACGCACUGAUAUACACAAACACAAAGAAGUUCGCGCUACUAGAGAACGAGAGAAAGAGAGAGAGAGAGAACGGAUAAUCAGUCUCGGGUCUCGGCGGUAGAGAUCCGUAGAAUCACGAAGAACCGCCGCCGUCGUCACCGCUAUCAAUUAAAAACGCAAAGUGCGCGACGUCGCCGAUAAAGAAACCAAGAAAUCGAAAAACAGGUGGUGAAGGAUGUAGAGGCACGUCGAGUACCCACAUCGAGAAGAAGACAUUUCUCAGAUUGUCGAGAUCCUGGUCUGGACACACUCUGCGUGCUUGGUAACUUGCCCUUCUGACGUUCCAUGACUUCUACGCUCGGCGGUACAAAAUUGACAGAAAAUGACAGUAUUAGAAGCAGAAGAAGAGACUGAUGAACAGCCAAACCCGCCAAGGAAGAAACUUUGCCUCUCUAUCACAGCCACAUCAGAGAGGCGCAAUCAAGGGCUCAACAAAACCAAAUCCGAUACUGAAUUGGUCGGGCGGGCUAGUACUAGCCAAGUACGUCCAUUUCAAAUAACUACAGGCAAAAUGUUGAAUGAUUUUCAAAGAUUAAGUAGCAGUCAUAGAGAUUCUGGCUGCGACAUCACAUCUAACAUAACAGGAGGCUUGCGAAUAGCAACUUUAUGCAAUCUAGGCAAUACUUGCUUCCUAAAUAGUGUUCUCUACACCCUACGCUGCACCCCAUCAUUCUUACACAACCUUCAUCAUUUAGUAACAGAUCUAUCAAUCAUCAAUGAAAAGCAACUUCAAACCAAAAUUAAGAUAUCAUCCUUGGGUAGAACUGGUGUGUCAUCAACGACAAGCAGUAGUCGUAGUUAUAGUAGUAAAGAUCUUCCAUCUUUAACAGCUGCUAGUGCAGCUACAGAACUGAAUAAGCCGCGAAUUCAGGUAGCCACUGAGAAGUUGCAUGAGCUGUUUAUGUCUCUGAGAGAAUUAGAAGCUAGAGAGAACAGUGAGCCUUUUCAGCCAGAUGCUUUUCUACAAGCGCUAAGAGACGUAAACACAAUAUUCGAGGGCAACCAGCAACAAGACGCACAUGAGUUGCUCGUUUGCCUGCUCGACAACAUUCGCGAGACGUUCCAGCUGGUGGUGAGGCACCGAGACAACCAGUUCAAAUGGCCAGAAACUGCGAGUAGCGGUCCUAGUCUUGAUUUUCUCAAGGAAACCAAGCCUGUCGCGCUGCCUGAAAGUAACAAACGUGGCACUCGCAAGUCUCAGAAGCAAAAGAAAAAGCCGUUAGGUAGUUCAAUGAGAGCUUCCAGUGCCAGUGGAUUGAUACAAACUACUCUCAACGGGACAAUCUUGAAGAGUUUGACCUCGGGAACGCAUAUUGUGGAAAACGGUAGCAUUACACCACCAUCGACCAACGGAGAGAUAACCAUGCAAAGUCAACAGCUCGAGACUAAAAAAUGCUUCAUUUACGAGGAUUUCGAGGGUGUUAGCCUUCUACGUACGACGUGCCUCGAGUGCGAGCAGGUCACCGAAAGAAAAGAGACCUUCUGCAACAUUUGCGUGCCCAUCGAUAUUGAUCGAUUGAAUGAAAAAGAUGAGAAUGGGAAAACUUUAGACUGUAGCGCUAUUUACAAGAAAUUGGUAGUCACGAGUGAAUUCCUGAACGAUAAGAAUAAGUAUUGGUGUGCUGCGUGUCUGCGAUAUAAUGAGGCUCAACGAGCUAUAUGUUAUCCGUCAUUACCGAGAAUACUUAUUUUACAAAUAAAAAGGUUUACUGGUACUAUGGAAAAAAUAAAUAAUCACAUGCCAACGCCACUGACCCUACAAUGUUUCUGCGAGGAGUGCAAUAAGGAACCAGCGGUUCAACGGCAUGUGUAUAAUUUGUAUUCGGUAAUUAUGCACCAAGGCGCGACCAUGACGGCCGGCCACUACAUCGCCUAUACUCGUCUGCCCGGCGAAUCCGCACACUUUGAGUAUCAGCAGUGUGAUCGCGAUAACGCUUCGAAACAACAGAGCGGACAGAGUUAUCAAAACCAUCAGUCAUCAAAUCCACAUCACAAUGGCCACCACGGCUCCGACAAUAGCGGUAAAAUAACAUCGUUUUUUAAUUGCUUUGGCAACAAGCCUAACGUAAAUGAGAAACAGGAGGCAGCACUGCGAAGCAAACAGCAGCAACAGCAACAUCUGCAACAGGGUUGCCGAGGUAACGACUGUUGCGGUAUAAGGCAGACAUCGCGCAACGAGAGUGGCACAUGGCUCGAGUGCGACGAUGAGGCCGUUCGCGUAAUUCCAGUGCGCGAACUUCAGGAUAAGCUCGCCCCGAAUCCACGAAAUUCGGCCACACCUUACUUGCUUUUCUACGUCCGCUCGAACAUGACUUCAGCGGCAACAACGGCUACGGCAACGACGUCAGCAACUGCGACGUCGUCGGCGAUACCAACAACUACUACUGCGAUGACGACGACGAACACAACAUGAAAUAGCCGGUUGGACAUGCUGAAUUAUGUAUAUAUAAUCAUAGCUGUAGCUGUUUUGAUGGUGUAAAUGGAGGAGAACGAUAUUAAUGUUAAACGCUUUUCACGACACGAUUGCAUUAUACUUCGAAAGCUAUUCUUUUUUUAUUUUUCUUUUUUUUCUUUUGUGCAUUCUGCGAAGAACCCGAGCCAUUCACUCGGGACUGAAAAUUGUGUGAUAUUUUUUUAACGAAGCAAAUUUUUUAGCAUUCGACAAUUGUCACUCCGAAUCUCACCGUAAUGCUUUUAUCUUGUCUGUUUUGUCGCUUUCAACUUUGAGUUACUUUAGAGACCUUUUCAAGGCAACCUUACGAACGACGUAUUAUCUUUUUAUAAAACAGGGCAUUGUAAAUGCAAAUGGAUAAUUAAUCUCUUUCUUUUAAUGCCUAUUUCUUAUGCGUCUUGCCUAUGAAAAGCCUUUUUUAAAUAAACAAGAAUAAAAAAGGACACCGUUAAAACGAUGGCUCAGGGAUAUAUCGACGUAUGACGUCGUUAAUUUUUAGACAAGUGAUAUAAUGAUUAAAAACGAGGUCUCAUCCUCCCUUUGCGUUUCACGUGAAAUGUACAAAAACAAAAACACUCGGCAAAUUUUAUCAAUUUUAAUUAAUUCCUGCGGAAUGUAUAGUUUGAUUAAUAAUUUCUUUUGUUUCUUAAGACUGAGCUCAGUUUCGAAAUUAUAAAGCCAUAUUAUUAUAAUACACAUUAUGU